AUGUUCUCAUACACAACACGCUCCGCGUUCGGGGCUAGCAAGCGCCUGAGGGUGCCUGUCCCCUUUCGAUCGCUAUCAUCCCCGAGCCAACCGAACGCGCCCUCUUCGGAUCCGGUGACAACUUCCCAGGCUGGCCCUGCACCGACACUUGAGAAAAGCCUGUCGGAUGUCGAGAAGCCUUCCGAACCCCGUGUGCAAGAAUGGUCUCAGCGGUUAAGAGCUCUUGGUGAGGAUACUCGACUACCUCGAAGCGUGCAGGCGAUCUAUUCGCGACCCCUACGGAGGAAGGCGGAGUACGGCCUCCCCGUGUGCGACCUCCAAUUGCGAUCAUACAGUGUUCAAAACGUUGAAUUCUUCGCCGACUUCGCCAUUCGCGCCGCCUAUUAUCUGAACCUUCCCGUUUCCGGUCCCGUGCCUCUUCCUCGCAUCGUUGAACGCUGGACCGUCCCGCGAAGCAACUUCGUGCACAAGAAGAGCCAGGAGAAUUUCGAGCGUAUCACUCUUCGCCGACUGGUUCAGAUCAAGGAUGGCAACCCGCAGGCUGUGCAGGCUUGGCUCGCCUUCCUUCGGAGACACGCCUUUUACGGAGUGGGUAUGAAGGCAAAUGUUUGGGAGCAUGACAGUCUCGGUACAGUUCCCAGUGUCGGCCAAUUUCUUCGUUCCCGUACUGACCAAAUCAUAGACGUUGGCAAAUCCAUGGAUGCUUCUCUUCCAGAGAUUGAGAAGACCCUCCGCCCACACCUUCAGCAAUUCGGACAGCGAGAGGACAAUUCGGCCAAUCAGAGCAUAUUCGACGCUUUGGACAGCGACCGCUUUGUUGAACGCAAGAACCUUUGA